CAAGCCUACGGCGUAGCUUUUCAACCACUCAAUCGACACUCUAUGGUACACGUUGUAGCUACUGACGAAGCCCGAUAACAGGGCCGAUGUAUACCGUUUACUCGUAUCCUCUCCAGCUUCUCCAAGAAGAGACUUAGUGAAGAUAGUUUGACUGCAACAGGAUGCGAUUCGCCGACCUUCGGGCGCGCUUAAGCGUCUAUACCUCCUCCCUUGUUCAUACAAGAUAAGAAAGGAUUGCUAACUUCCAGGAUUUGGAUCCACAUAAAAACGGGACUACCUACGGCCGUUCCCUCCCAGGUUGCGACAAAUUCCUUCAAUUAGACCCCUCACACCGCAAGAAAAAAAGUGCUGAAGUUCCGGUCAUUUGUAGAACCUGACAUUGCUUCCAGCACUCAAUUCUGGUAGUGUUUGCUGUUAGUACUCAGAGCGCGUAUCUCCUGUUCUUCAAUAUACCUAGAACCUCUUGACUAGAAACCUGGGCGCAUGAUGAAGUCUCAACAGUUUCAGGAGCCGGAGCCCAUUGCCAUCGUCGGCAUAGGAUGUCGCAUGCCGGGUGGUGUCCGAGAUGUUCCUGGACUCUGGGAAUUCCUCAGGGAUCAAAAGGACGUUUGGAUGGAGUUUGAUGAGCCGCGCUUCUCCGCCAAAGGGUUCUACCACCCCAAUAACGACCGCCCAGGGACCGCAGUGGCCAGUCACGGGUUCCUCCUGGAUGAAGACCCACUGCUUUUCGACCCCGCAUUCUUUGGCAUCACAGACACUGAAGUGGAAACUUUAGACGCCGCACAGCGUAAGCUUUUAGAAUGCACAUACGAAGCUUUCGAGAAUGCGGGAGACACGUGGGAAAGCGUUUCUGGCUCACGCACUGGUGUUUUCGUCGGCGACAUCUGUUUCGACAACUAUCUCACUCAGACUCGUGAUUGGGACUACAGCGGCAAGUACUCCGCGACAGGUUCAUUUCCAAACAUGCUGGCCAAUCGUCUGCACUAUAUCUUCAAUCUCAAGGGACCGAGUUUGCUCAUCAACAGCGCAUGUACGUCGGCCAUGUACGCCCUUCACUUGGCCAUCACAUCAAUGCGCAACGGAGACUGCGAUUCCGCUAUCGUAGCUGGUUCCAACUGGAUCAUGGACCCAAACUGUCACAUCGCAAUGGGCAAACUAGGUGCUCUGUCUGCCACGUCCAGAAGCCACACAUUUGAUGCCUCGGCAGAUGGCUAUGCUCGUGGCGAGGGCUUUGCAGCUCUCUACCUGAAGACACCUGCUGCCGCAAUGCGAGAUGCCUCCCCUAUUCGCGGUAUGAUCAUGGGAUCGGCUGUCAAUGCCAAUGGCCGUACAAAGGGCAUCACAAACCCAAGUGGUCCAGCUCAAGAGAUUGUGAUUCGUGAAGCAUACAAAAAUGCCGGUCUCGACCCUUCAGAAACUACCCUGUUGGAGUGCCACGGAACGGGCACACGGGUCGGCGAUCCCAUCGAAGUCCAUGCGGCCGGCAAUGUGUUCGGCCCUUCUCGACCUGAUUCGUAUGAAGAUCGUCUCAUUGUGGGGUCUGUCAAAACGAACAUGGGUCAUUUAGAGGGCGCAUGUGCACUUCCCGGUAUUCUCAAAGUGGUUGCCGCGCUCGAAGCAGGCGAAAUCCCGCCCACGCUUGGCUACAAAACUGCCAAUCCCCGCAUCGACUUUGACGGCGCCAAAGCUAGGGUCAAUACUGAUGUUGAACCCUGGCCGAAGAACAAACCCAAGCGAGCCAGUGUCACAUCUGCCGGUUUUGGUGGCACAAACGGACACUGCAUCAUCGACCACGUGCACAAUGUCUUGCCGCGCUAUGUCAAGCCUGGUAUCAUUGAGGUCGCCGUCGAGGAACUCAAAGGAACCAAUAGAGUGAGCAAUGGAGCCAACGGUCAGGUGACGAACGGCACCAAUGGGCACUCCAAUAACGGCACCAAUGGUACAAACGGUCAUUCUACCAACGGCACAAAUGGCAAUUCUCAAAUCGCCAAUGGUAAUGGGACCAAUGGCAAAAACCACGCUCAACAUUCCCCUCUCCUGUCUGCGCCGCCCAUGUCCAGGACUGCCACUGCAGGAACACAGAAACAUGUCGUCCUUCCUUUCUCCGCGCACAACCAAGGCUCAGUCAAAGCGAACAUGCAAGCUUUAGCUCCAGUCAUAGGGCGUCACUCACUAGCUGAUGUUGCGUACACACUCGCUGCUAAGCGCUCCCGCUUCAUUCAACGAGCGUACUCCAUUGUCAACAAAGACAACAUAGCAGAGGCAGUGAGCUUGGCUGAAACACCAAAGAUCUUUUCUUCACCACAGCCCCUUCGCAUUGGCUUUGCGUUCACAGGCCAAGGUGCUCAAUGGCACGCCAUGGGUGCUGAGCUCUUCGAGUAUGCUGUUUUCCGGGACACGAUUGCGUACUUGGAUGAGAUUCUUACCAUGCUUCCCAACCCCGUCGAGUGGACUAUUGUGGAUGUUCUCACUGGAAAAUGCGACAAGGAUCUCAUCCAAGUUCCUGCGGUUUCGCAAACCCUCUGCACCGCGCUUCAGAUUGGUCUCGUCGACCUUCUGGCGUCCUGGUCUGUGAGGCCUUCGGGUGUCGUGGGACAUUCUUCCGGAGAAAUGGCAGCUGCAUAUGCGGCAGGACGCGUUACCGCCGCUGAGGCAAUCACUGCAGCAUACUAUCGCGGAUACAUGGUCUCUUUCAACAAAAAGAAAGGUGCCAUGUUGGCAGCUGGCAUUGGUCCUGACAAGGGCUUGGACUACAUUCGGGAGGCAGGCUUCGAAGAGAAGGUUCGCGUCGCUGCUAUCAACUCUCCGGACAGUGUCACCUUGUCGGGAGAUGCCGAAGCGGUUGAGCAGUUAGCUGAGACACUGACUCAACAAGGCGUCUUCAACAGGCUGCUAAAGACUGGAGGUCUUGCCUAUCACUCACACCACAUGCUUCCUUUGGGCCACGACUACACUGAUGCAGUAGAGAAUGGAAAAGCCAGUCUCGACAAGCAUGGCAUCUCUCGUCAAGGACAAAAGUAUGAGCCCGUUCCCUGGUUCUCUUCUGUCACACCUGGGAAGGAGAUGACGCCACCCGGACAGGAGAUGCCCACGGCGUACUGGAGAUCAAACUUGGAAUCUCCAGUCCGCUUUACCGAAGCACUGUCAAACCUCCUGAACGCGAAGGAGUUGGGAAUCGGUGCUGUGAUCGAGAUUGGUCCUCACCCUGCGCUCAAGAGUCCAGUGGGACAGAUCGUGAAAUCUCUAGGCAAGAGUGUCCCUCACGUCGCAUCGAUCAAGAGGGGUGAAGACGGCCAGAAGUCAAUGGCAGAGCUUGCAGGUAUGCUUUUCGCUCUCAACGCCGAGGUCGAUAUGGUUGCUGUCAACGCAGUCGAUGAGCAUGAUGGUGUUGUGCAUGGUAGCACAGCUGUUGAUCUACCGCCCUACCAGUACACUUAUGGGCCAAUCAAGUACCAUGAGACGCGGGCAAGCAAGGAGUACCGUCUACGCAAGAUUCCUCGUCAUGACUUGCUCGGUGCCAAAAUCCCAGGAACGACCAGGCUACGCCCGCAAUGGCGCAAUGUGCUCACACUCAAAGAUCUGCCUUGGCUGGACGACCACAGAGUCCCUCCCCAUGUUCUUCACCCCGGUGCAGCACAUAUCGUCAUGGCUAUGCUAGCCGUCGAGCAUGCGUACAAUGAGCUUCCUGGAGCUCUUCCCGUCACUGGCAUUGCGUUGCGUAAUGUGUCGAUCAAGAAGACUCUAGUCGUUCCCGAGGAUGAUCAUGGUAUCGAGAUUGUUCUCAGCAUGGAGCUCGAAGAUGGAGCCACCGCCAAAUCGCCGGGAUGGGCCACGUUCUCCAUUUCAUCAGUCGUCCGAGACACGGAGCAGUGGACUGAGCACUGUUCCGGUGUCGCCAAAGUGGAAGUUUCCACUUUCCAAGAGGUAUCUCCCAUCGACACGACCAUGGAUGGCAGAGCUGUCGACGCAGAGACCUGGUACAAGCGCUUCGCUGAGAUGGGUCUUCAGUUCGGUCCCUCGUUCCAGGGAUACUCUGAAAUUCGCGCUGACCCGAUCAAGAACGUGGCAUCUGCGAAACUGGCGUUGAACACAACCAAAGGCAUGUUUCCCGGGGGAGAAUCAGCGUACCCGAUUCACCCUGCUUCACUUGAUCUGGUUAUUCGUCUUGGUCUUAUGGCCUGCAAUGGCGGUCAGGCUGAGACUGGAAGCGUGCAACUGCCCAUUCACUUGGAUCAACUACGUUUCAAGCUCGGCGCCAUGCCAAAUCGAGAUUGGGCUACUGGUCUCGCGAAGGGAGAGCUACGCGGUCUUCGAGGAGCCUAUGCUCAGCUUCAGAUGCUGGGCGAGAGCGGCGAUGUCAUUCUUGAUAUCGACAACAUGCGCUUCAUUGAUCUCGCCAAUGAGCAAUCAUCCUCGUCCGACUCGAACCAUUCAGCCAAAGCUUACUCCAGUCCGUUCAACCGUCUAGUAUGGAGGCCUGAUAUCCGUACACUCAGCAAGACACAGCUUACCGCCCUUCUCGAUACUCCUCGAGGAGCUGCCGGAUCUUUCUCUCAGCUCUCCAAGGUCUUCGAUCUCCUGGGCCAUGCUAACCCAGAUCUCCGUGUCCUUCAAGUGAAUACCAGUCGUGAUUCAGGAGCUACGGAAGCGAUCCUGAAGACCCUUGUUGGUUCGAACGGCAUUAAGCGUUACCGUGAUUAUCAUAUCACCGACCUCUCAAAGGAUCUUAUCAAGCCUCCAGGAUCUGAAUUCCGCGACGUCAAGACUUCAGUACUCGAUCUUACCAAAGACCCUCUCGAGCAAGGAUUGAAGCCUGUUUACGAUGUGGUAUUGUCGGUGAACGCUGUUCACGACUCCCCAAGCUUGGAGGAAGCCCUCAAGAACUGCGCAAAGCUUCUGAAACCGGACGGAAAGCUUGUAUUACUUGAGCAUACCGGCAUGAAUGUGGAUGCGACAUUGACUAAAGCGGGAUUUCAGUCAGAUGUCAGCGUUCAGGUCAAAGACGGAGGCCUCAACCUCAUAUUGUCCACCCGCUCUGACACCAAGCCCCAGAUCAACGACAAGAAAACCGAGAUUCAUCUUCUCCAUGGCAGAAAAGGCUCACCAACUCUUCUCAGCGACCUUGCAAAAGAUUUUGAACGUCGUGGUCUCGCGACAAAGACUGUUCCUUUCGACAAUGCCCGAAGCCUCCCGCCCAACUCGCGUGUGGUAGCGUUCCUAGACGAAGAAAACCUUCUGCUCAACGCUGAUCAAGACCGGAUUGGGCUGUUCCAACACCUUGCAGCAUCCACUGCUAGCAUGGUUUGGCUCACUUCAUCUGGAAUCGUGAAGGGUCGCAAUCCUGAUGCGGCUUUUGUCUCUGGUCUGCUUCGUACGUUGGGCUCCGAGAAUCCCGCGGGUCAGUUUGUGUCAAUUGAUAUCGACGCGGACAAUUUCCAACUUGGCGCCACAGAUGUUACCGAGUUUAUACGCUCUGUAGUCGAUCAGGAACUGGCUCUGAACGCUGAAGAUGGAGAUGGUUCAGUCAACCGCGAGUACUCAUGGCAAGACGGCUCUCUGUGGGUCAGCCGUAUUGUACCAGACGGCGACCUUCAGGGUUAUGCGGAGGCCACAACGGCACCAGAAGACAGCGAACUUGACCAAGUUCCUUUGAGCACCCAGGGUGCAGUCAAAGCAGCUUUCGGUACACCCGGUAUCCUUAGCUCUCUGUACUUCAAGCCAUACCUCGAACUUAUGCAGCCUCUGCCCAAAAAUUGGAUUGAAGUCAAGGUUCUUGCCGUUGGUCUCAACUGGAAAGAUCUAGGACUCUGCACUGGCCGGUUUGACCAGAACAAUCUGUCAAACGAAUACUGCGGUGUGGUGACUAAGCGCGGUUCAAGCGUCAGCCAUCUCAAUAUUGGCGAUCGCGUUUACGGUAUGGGCAAAGGUCACUUCGGAAACUACACUCGCGUUCCAGCUGUGCUCGCACAGAAACUUCAGCCAGAUGUCGAUCCUAUCCAAGCCGCCACCAUUCCUCUGGUGUACAUGACUGCUGUGUACGCUUUUGAACACGUCACUCGUCUGAGAAAGAACCAGAAAGUUCUCAUUCAAUCCGCUUCUGGUGGCCUCGGUCUUGCUGCCAUCCAGCUGGCGCGUUCCAAGGGGGCUGAGAUUUACGUCACCGCUGGUACUGCUGAUAAGGUCAGUUUCUUGAACGAGCAGAUGAACAUUCCCGCCAGCCAUAUCUUCUCGUCCCGCGACAUCACUGAUGUGAAACGCAUGGUUGACGCUACGCGAAACGGUGGCUUUGAUGUCAUCCUGAGCAACUCGCAGGGUGAAAUGCUCUACGAAUCCAUCAAGGCAUUGGCGCCUUUGGGUCACUUGAUUGACGUUGGUCGACUAGAUGUGACAAGCUCAAAGAACAUUGCCCUCGAAUUGUUCCAGAAAAGCGCAAGUUUCACCUCUUUCGACCUCGGCUUGGUCCUUGAGCGGGAUGUGGAGUUUGGCGGCGAACUUAUGCGCUCGGUACACGAACACUUCACUGCUGCGCGCAUCGGUCCCGUGACUCCCAACACAACUUUCGAUAUCUCACAGCUCGAUCAAGCGCUUCUUCGCUUCUCAAAGGGAACUCACAUCGGGAAGAUGGUUGUAUCGUACAUGGAUCCGAACUCGAUGAUCAAGAAGCAGAAGUCAGUCGCCCCUGCCACAUUCGACCCAGAGGCUCGUUACGUACUUGUCGGCGGAUUGAGUGGUCUCGGACGAUCUAUUGUGCGAUUCAUGAGCGAUCGUGGAGCACGUCACCUAGCUGUUUGGUCGAGACGCGGCGCAAACAACCUGAGCACCGAAUCCAAAGCUCUUAUCGAAGAACUGGCUGCGAAAGGCGUGACUGUUCAAGCCAUCACUUGCGACGUCAGCAAGCGAGAUCAAGUCCUGCGAGCCAUGGAACAUGCCAGUGCUGACCCAGAAAAGUUCCACGAAGGUAUGGCGGCCAAGGUCCUAGGAACCCGUUAUCUACACGAAGCCACAGCGUCUUUGCCCUUAGACUUCUUCUCCAUGGUGUCCUCCUUCGGUACUGUCUACGCUUUCCCCACGCAGAGUACCUACCUCGCAGCCAACAACUUCCUGGACUACUUCGCCCGCUACCGCCGUGGAUUGGGUCUUCCCGUCUCCACCGUGUCUCUCGGCUUCAUCAGCGAUCUCGGUGCACUGACCCAAGAUGCCGUGACCGUCAACCUCUUCACCCGCACCAAAGGUCAAACCGUGACCGGAAGUCAAGUUCUUCGCAUGCUUGAACCAGCCUUCGUGAACCCCACCGCCCAAUCCAGCACUGCAUCUUGGACCGGUUUCUCCGAAGAUCCCCUCUCAGCCGCGAAUAUCGUCACCGGUAUCGACCCCUCUGUUCUCGCAGCUAUGCGCCGCGAAGAAGCAAAAGCAACAAAGGGCAACGCAUCUACCGCUUCCGCACCCCGCUGGUACCACGACGCUCGCGUGUCUAUCAUGCUGCGCGCCGUCGACGACGCGUACCGUCACGCCUCCGACUCCUCGGACUCCUCUUCCGCGUCCGAUGACAACGCAGCCGAUACCUCGCCCACCGCACAACUCCGCCGCCAGUUCGCCUCCCACAUCAAGAAGACCAAGGAAAGUGCCGAAUCGGAGGACAAGACCGCUUACAAGGACUCUGUGUCCUUCGUUACCGACGCGAUCCGCAAAACUGUCGCGGGGAUGCUGUUCAUCGACCCUUCUGCGGUGAAUGUUGAGGGCACGGUGGUGGACCAUGGCAUUGAUAGUUUGCUGGCUGCGGAGUUCAGAAACUGGCUCCAUGGCGCGUUUGGCAAGAAUGUUAGUAUGUUGGAUUUGAUGGAUGCUAGGACUAAGAUUGAUGUUCUUGCGAGGGGGAUUGUUGAUGAUGCUGUUUAGGGGAGUGUUCGCAUGUAUGUUUGAUGGCGACUUGGAUAUAACCAUGCGAUCACGAUGCAAGAAACUUUCUUUCUCGUCUUUCGUUGAAGGAAGAUUAUAAUGGUUUUCUUCUGUGCUGGGAGAUAGACGUAUUAAGCGUAAUGAUGAUUCAUCCCAUUUCCAUGCGGCACAAACACUGGGUAUUGAGAAAUCACACGAUAAAUUUGCCUUUGAGCUAUAGGCACGAGAGAUAGACGUAUAUUCUGAUGAUCGUUCUUUAUGUUGAUUCAGCGUGCGAACUAUUGUCAGAUCAGAGACACAUUAUCAGGCGGUUGUUCUUCUUGGUGCCUCCAUUAUUAUCUCAGUUCAGAUUGCGAAAAAAGGAUAUUCAGUUGAGUGGUUUAUGUAGCGGCCAAUUCUCCAGCCCCCACAGUUGC